AGCUCCUCUACCGCCAACCACCGACUCGACCCCCCAACGCUUUCUCAAGAUCUCCCGCUUGACCCUCCCCGAAAUACACCCCCGGUCUCAUCUGCCUCGUUAAAUGGCAGAUGGUACCUACCGGUUCCAGCAGCCUGGGGCCGGGCAGUUUUACUUUCAAACUCAGCAGCACAAUCAUCACCCCGCUCACCAACGACACCUCAUUCGAAACGGAACAAGCUCUCCGACUGGGAGACUAAAGUUCAACAAUACCGAUACUCCUUCUCCUUCGCGCUCUCCUCCCCUAAAUCAAUCUCCUAGUCACAAUUCGUACACGAUGUACUCCCAGGGCCACCAGGGUCAGCCCGUCAUGAUGAAUGGGCAGUCCCAUCAACGGUUUGGAAUGCCGAUGCCGAAGUUCCAACACCCUACUCACCACCCGCAUCACGCACAACAACCCCAUCAUCCUCAUUCUCAAUCAACUCAGAACUUAGCUCACCAGCACAAUUUCUCCGGUGGAGCAUUGUCCAACGCCGCCCAGCACUUCACCCCGGCCCACCUGCAAAAUGGCACAACGUCCAAUGUUGAGGACGAGAUUGAAGAGCCGAUGAAUGAACAUUGGCAGCAGCAGCUGCAGCUCGCGGCCGAGUCAAGACAAGCGAGUUCACCGCACUACUAUGCGCGAGCAGUUGCACAGCAAACUAAGGGCCUUCAAUUAUCAUCCAACCAAGCUGAUCCCAACGAGAACGGCACAGAAGAGCGGAAUCGGGCCACAGCAGUGAAAGAUCAUCGCCGGCAAGAUUGGGUUGCUCUUGACUUCGGUGGACAAGGCCUUCGUGCACUGUCAAAUGGCCUUUUUCACUAUAGCUUUCUCGACAAGCUCUAUCUGAACCAUAACAAAUUGAAGUCCCUCCCCUCAAGCAUUGGGGAAUUGAAGAAUCUAACGCAUUUGGACAUUUCCAGCAAUGAGUUGACGGAAAUCCCGGAGGAAAUUGGUAUGCUCACGAACCUCAAGAAGCUCCUUCUUUUCGACAACAGCCUACAGACUCUUCCGUUUGAGUUGGGUUAUCUUUACCAGCUGGACACCCUCGGAAUUGAAGGCAAUCCACUAGCGGAUGUCCUGAAGUCCCGUAUUAUGCAAGAAGGCACAAAGUCGCUCAUCAAAUAUCUCAAAGAGGAAAUGCCCGUUCAUUUACCUCCUUCGAACCGUGAUUGGCUUAUUCUCGAUGAGACUGGCAAGAAUUCUGCUAAUGGAGGCAAUGACAAUAAAUUCACUGCUCUAACGUACAACACCCUGUGCGAUAGAUAUGCCACAAACCAACAAUACGGAUAUGCGCCAUCACGAGCAUUGGCAUGGGAAUUUCGACGCGAUCUCUUGCUGAACGAGAUUAGAGGGCAUGAUGCCGAUAUCGUAUGCUUGCAAGAGAUCGACCAGGGCAGCUAUCAUGGUUUUUUCCGCGAGCAGCUUGCAUACAAUGAUUAUAAGGGUGUAUAUUGGCCCAAGGGGCGAGCUCAAGGUAUGCCAGAAGAGGAGGCUAAGCUGGUUGACGGUUGUGCAACAUUCUUCAAGGGCAGCAAAUACAUUCUUCUUGAAAAGAAUAUGAUCCAUUUUGGACAGACCGCCGUCCGGAGACCAGAUGCAAAAGGACAGGACGAUAUUUACAACCGAUUAUGGCAGAAGGACAAUAUCGCCGUCAUUGUCUUCCUGGAGAAUAGGCUUACAGGGGAGCGCCUGAUUGUUGUCAACGCCCACAUUUACUGGGAUCCGGCUUAUAAAGACGUUAAGCUAAUUCAAGUUGCCAUUAUGAUGGAAGAGGUAACUCAGCUGGCAGAGAAAUACGUGAAGAUCCCUCCAUGCACCGAUAAAACGGCAUUUAGAUUCUCUGAGCCUGAAGACGGAAAAGAAAGUCAAGGGACAUCAACGCCCGUGGAACCUGCUCCUUCGGUAGAAUAUUCCAGUGCUUCCCAAAUUCCUAUCCUUGUUUGUGGUGACUUCAACUCUUGCCCAGGAUCAGCCGUUUAUAAUCUUCUGGCUCACGGCCGUAUGGCUGAGGAGCACCCGGAUCUUGAACAGCGGUUAUACGGAAACCUGAGUCGCAUGGGAAUGUCUCAUCCAUUCACGUUGAAGUCGGCAUACUCGACAAUUGGGGAGCUGAGCUUCACCAAUUACACUCCCGGAUUUACAGAUGUGAUCGAUUAUAUCUGGUACUCUUCCAAUACUCUCCAAGUAACUGCCUUACUUGGCGAAGUCGACAAGGAAUAUCUGAAGAGAGUCCCCGGAUUUCCGAACUAUCAUUUCCCCAGCGACCACCUGGCACUCAUGGCGGAAUUCUCAGUGAAAAGCAAGAAGAAUAAACCCGUCGAGGCAGACUUCGGACCACAACGGGAGAAGACGAUGUGAUGAGCUUCCUAGAUUUUAUUAGUAGCUGCCGACGGGCUGAUGACCCCGCGUCUUAUUUCGGAAUCUUUACGUAUGGGGUCCUGCUUGGGAUUUGGUUUGCUAUUUUCUCCCACCUCAUAGUUUAUUGCAUUUUUCCUAUUGCUCUUUCUGUUUUCUUUUUUGAUGUUGUUACACUGUAUUGCACGCAUCUUGUCACUCGGGUGUGUUCUUGGAAACUUCCUCGAUGGCGUGGUAUUCUUCUCUUAUUGCGUUAUGUGGACUCCUUACCCCUGAUUUCUAUCCUGUUCUUUCAUUUACCGUAGUCUCUCUCGCUGCAAGGGCUGCUGAGCGGUGUUAUGGUUAAGUUGCCGGGGCUGGAUCUGAGGAGCAAUGAGAGGUUUUCCCUAACUCUUUGAUGUAGUUUCGUUUGCUGGGUUUGGUGCCGUCGAGAAAUUAGCUUUAUUUACUUUUUGUCAACGAAUGGGGUUUAAACGUUUUGA